GGAGGAGGAGGGAUGCCCGUCCUGCGCCGGCCGUUUCCCGGCGGAGCCGUCAGCUGACGCCGCCGUUUCCUGGCUGCCGCCCGCCAUGCUGCGGCUCCUGCUCCCGCUGGCCGCCCUGGCCGCGCUCCUCCAGGCGGCGAAUGUACAUGAGAGGAGUUUUGGGAUUGAUUAUGAAUCCAACAGCUUUGUCAAGGAUGGGAAACCUUUCCGUUACAUCUCCGGCAGCAUUCACUACUCCCGGGUGCCCUCGUAUUACUGGAAGGACCGCCUGCUGAAGAUGAAGAUGGCUGGGCUUGAUGCCAUUCAAACGUAUGUCCCAUGGAACUACCACGAACCCCAGAUGGGCACGUAUGACUUUUUUGGUGGCAAAGAUCUAGAGUAUUUCCUGCAGCUUGCCAAUGACACUGGAUUGCUUGUUAUUCUGAGAGCUGGACCUUACAUCUGUGCAGAAUGGGACAUGGGAGGUCUUCCUGCAUGGCUGUUGGAAAAGAAAUCUAUUGUUCUCAGGUCUUCUGAUUCAGAUUACCUGCAAGCAGUAGAGAGAUGGAUGGGUGUCCUUUUGCCAAAGAUGAGGCCUUAUCUCUAUCAAAAUGGAGGUCCAAUCAUCAUGGUGCAGGUAGAGAACGAGUACGGAAGCUACUUCGCUUGCGACUACAACUACCUGCGCUUCCUUCUGAAGCUUUUUCGCCUGCAUCUUGGGGAUGAGGUGGUGCUCUUCACAACUGAUGGUGCCAGCCAGUUUCACUUGAAAUGUGGGGCUCUCCAGGGUCUCUAUGCAACGGUGGACUUUGCUCCAGGUGGCAAUGUCACAGCAGCAUUCUUAGCUCAAAGGAGCAGUGAACCCAAGGGCCCUUUGGUUAAUUCUGAGUUUUAUACUGGAUGGUUGGAUCACUGGGGGCACCGUCAUUCUGUUGUGCCUGCACAAACUAUAGCUAAAACACUUAAUGAAAUCCUGACACGUGGUGCUAACGUUAACCUGUACAUGUUUAUAGGUGGGACUAACUUUGCCUAUUGGAAUGGUGCUAAUAUGCCUUAUAUGCCUCAGCCCACUAGUUAUGACUAUGAUGCUCCCCUGAGCGAGGCAGGAGAUCUGACAGAAAAGUAUUUUGCCUUGAGAGAAGUCAUUGGUAUGUAUAAGGAGUUACCAGAAGGUCUUAUCCCUCCAACCACACCCAAAUUUGCAUACGGGAAGGUUCGCUUGCAGAAGGCAGGCUCUGUGUUGGAGGUUCUUGAUGGACUGUCACGUUCUGGACCAGUGAGAAGCACUUACCCUUUGACCUUUGUUGAGCUAAAGCAGUAUUUUGGAUAUGUAUUGUAUAGAACUACACUUCCAAAGAACUGCGUGGAGCCAACACCACUGUCUUCAACUUUAAAUGGAGUCCAUGAUCGUGCCUAUGUCUCUGUGAAUGGGGUACCUCAGGGUGUCCUUGAAAGGGACAAAUCACUUAAGAUAAAUAUAACUGGGCAGGCUGGAGCAAAUCUGGACAUCUUGGUAGAGAAUAUGGGCCGAGUCAACUUUGGUAGAUACAAUAAUGACUUUAAGGGUCUAGUUUCAAAUUUAACUCUUGCUCAAGAUAUACUUGUUGGAUGGGAAAACUAUCCUCUAGACAUAGAUGGAGCAGUGAACAAUGACAUUAUUUAUCCCCUUUAUCACCAGAAGACAUCUGCUGUUGAAGCACUGAGUUACGAAGUACCUACAUUUUACACGGGUACUCUUGCAAUUCCUGGAGGGAUUCCAGACUUGCCACAAGACACCUAUGUCAAUUUUCCUGGUUGGACAAAGGGGCAAAUUUGGAUCAAUGGCUUUAAUCUUGGUCGCUACUGGCCAGCCCGUGGUCCUCAGCUGACCCUUUAUGUUCCAAGGAAUGUGCUUGUUGCCUCGGUGCCAAACAACAUAACGGUGCUGGAGCUGGAGCGCUCUCCUUGCAGCGCCCAGGCAUGCGAAAUAGAAUUUGUAGAUGAACCUAAUAUCAAUGCAACCCUACUGCAUGAAACUGAAAAACCCCCACUCUUUGUUAGAGAGAUGUGGACGAAGCAUCUAUAAUGAUUUGAGUAUUUCUUUAUCUUCCACCCUCAGCCCUUUGCUUCUCUUGCCCUAAACCAUACUGUGUAACACAGGGUCUUUGAAAAAGGGAAGUUGUUUAGGUGAGGCAACUUCUUAAAUCCUUCAAGGAGAUAUAUUUUUUAAAAUCUCUCAGUUAAAUAUUGAAUUUCUUUUUAAAAUAAAAGCUGGAGCUUUGAAAUUUGCCUUGGACUAUGAAAUUGAACUCAACUGGAAGAUAAUGUUUUCAUCAGCCUAGUAAAAAUGUAGUCCUUGUACUCCACUUAUACUGCAGUAACCUUCCUAUGCUUUUAUUUUUCACCAUGUUUUGCAACUGGAGAGAGGAGCCUUCAAAAGGUGUGCAGCCCCCACUACCUUGCUGGUUUCACUUAAGUGGACUUAAGUAAGUUCAGAGCUGCCAAUAGACAAGACACUUUCAGCUUCCCUAAUCACUUUAUUAGAGUAUCAACAUCAUUUUAGUUUCAUUUGGCUUACUGUCAGCCUUGAGUAGGCCUCAUUUUUUAAUGCAAGUGACUUUCAGAAAAUUUCAGUUGACUUUUUAUAGGACCAGUGAGAAAAACUGUGGAAGAGAGCAUUCAAAUGCCAUCUGGUCCAAACAGCAGUAACAUGGAGUCUGCAUCUGUCCCCUCUUGGAAAGCCAAUUUACUGCUUCACUAUUGCUGUCUCUGAAGACUUAAAGUAAAUUGAUAAGUGCAAAGACGUGUGAAAUUUAGGCUGCUUUGGUGGAACCACAACCUCUGACUAACCCUGCCUGCAAAAUGUGAUUUUAAAAUGAUGAAUUUUUUCUUUAUUCUUUUUGGUUUGAGUUGGGUUAUUUCUGGUUUGUUUCUUUGUUUCAUUUCUUUUUUUUUCCCUAUUGGUCAUGGUGUACCUCCUUUUCAUAGGCUAGCACCUUGGAAGUGGAAUGCUUUAAGUUAAAGAAUUUUAUUUCUCUUUUAGUCAUUAAUUCACAUCAGUUCUUUUGUUCCAGUAAACUGAUGGUCUUUUAAAGUGACUGAUAUUUGCAAAGAUGCAUUUGAAUUUCUGCAGACAGAAUCUUCUUUUUGAUUCUUGUGAUUUUGGUGUCAGUCAUACAAAUUCCAUGGUGAUAUUUAAACAACAGAAGGUGAUCAAGUAUUUUCAUAAUUUGUGAUUUCUUGGAAUUUUGUCUGACAUUAUUAAAAUGAUUCUUUAAAGAUUAAA